UUUGUUUCAGUACUCUAUGUAAUUCAACCGGCUAAAGAACAUACGGUUGUUUGUAUAUAUUAUGAAAACAAUUCUUGCAAAAUAUUCAGUCUGUGGCAGGCCUCAUGUAGGGAGGCUUUUAUUGUGAUCCAUUACAAUUAUUCGUUGAAGGAUUUGUGUCCGCUAAUUUGUGAUUAAUAAAUUAGUUCGGAAUACGAUUAAUUUUAAAACAACGAAGGUGACAGCUUGCUACAAGCAAAUUGUUGCCGAGCGAAGAAAGUGACUUUAGAAAAAAGGCAAGUGGAGUGAAGUGUUGUGUUAAAACUUCAAAGUGUACCAGUGUUAGACUUUUCCAAAAAUGUCCGGUUUCGUUAAAAUCGCGAUAGACGAUUACUAUUCAGACAACAAUUGGACGACAAUAAUUAAUAAAUAUUGGAUGCUAGCGGAAAGAGUCUCAGAUCCCAGGGUACAAGGAUGGUUUCUAUUCGACACACCAAUAGCCACCUUCGCGAUGGUGGUUGCAUAUCUCGCCAUCGUUCUGGUGAUAGGACCCUUAUGGAUGGCGAAUAGAAAACCAUUCCGCAUCAAGAAUGUUUUAGUCGGUUACAACGCAGCUCAAGUUUUUCUGUCUUCUUAUAUGUUUUAUGAGCACUUAAUGUCAGGUUGGUGGGCCGACUACAGUCUCUCUUGUCAACCAGUUGAUUACAGCGACAGUGAUAAAGCAAGACGGAUGUUACAUUUGUGCUGGGUGUACUACUUCUCGAAGCUAUCAGAAUUCGCAGACACAAUAUUCUUCGUGAUACGAAAGAAGAAGAGCCAGAUCACGUGGCUUCAUCUUUACCAUCAUUCGUUAACGCCAUUCGAAGCUUGGCUUUUAGUCAAAUUCAUCGCAGGUGGCCACGGAACCUUCUCGAACAUCGUGAACAACCUCGUCCACAUCAUCAUGUACAGCUACUACAUGAUGGCGGCCAUGGGACCGCAGUACCAGAAAUACUUAUGGUGGAAGAAGCAUCUAACAACGUUACAACUAAUGCAAUUCUUCAUGGUGCUCUUCCACUCCAUAAGCGCACUGGUAUACGACUGUGGAUACCCAAAAUUCAUCGCCUCGGGCCUGAUACUGCAUUCAUCCAUCUUCAUUGUUCUGUUCACAAACUUCUACGUGCAAGCGUAUAAAAAAGAUAAACCAAAAACGACAGUGGAUGUUAACGUCACUAAUGGCUACAUUACGAAUGGACACGCUAACGCAAAUGGACACGUUUCAGUUAACCCAAUAGAUAGAGCAAACGCUUAUGAAAACAUAACCAAUAGUUACAUGGACGAAUUACAUUCAUCCGAUGCAUUCAUUAACGACAUAAAUCUAACAAACGGCUACAUAAACCAUCUCGGUAUGAAAGAAAAAGUGCAAUAAACAAAAUAGUGAUUGUGGAAAACGAAAGACUUUGUAAAUAAUUUACUUUUAAUACGGUACAAAGACUUUGUUACAGAAAUGGUUAUACAAUUAAUGCUCAGUUAAAUAUAAACAAUCGAAUUUAUAUUAUUGAUGUUCUUUGAACGUUGGAAUUGUUUUAUCUGAAACUGUUUUCAAUAAGAUUUUUUUUUUAAAUUAUAAAUGAAGUUCCGUUUAAAAACGACAAAAUCGAUAUCUAUAAGAAAUCACAAAUUAAACGAUUAUAUUUCGACUGCAUUAAAAACUUCUUGUGACGUUUUUUUGCCAUAUAAUUCAAUUAAUAAGAAUUAACGAAUUCUAUUUUUAAUUAUCAAACCAAAAUUCGAAUACAAAUGAUUUGAAUAUUUCAUUUAUAUAAAGUCAUUACAUAGAUUUGAAUGCGUUUAUCUUUUAUUGAAUCAAUAAAACUUAAACGAUUUGAUUGUGGUAAUAAAAUUGAAAACCGCUGACAAUGAUUUUAUAAUAAACGGAUUUUCUUAUAAUAGUUGUUAAGCGGCUGUUUAGUUAAACAUUGUUUUCUCUUUCUCUCAUCAUUUAAUUUACAUUUGAAAGAAGGAGACAGCAAUGUUUAAGUAACACCGCCUUAAAACUUCUAUAGGGUAAUCCAUUGAUAUUAAAGCCGUUAGUCCAGUGUGAUUUUUCUUAUUGUAUUAUAAUGUGUCUAUAAUUCUUUAUUAUUUUAUUUUUUACUAAAAUCUCUAAUGGUGCUAUCUAAUAUUUUUAUAUUAUUACGCAUUAUACUUUUUUCUUUCUAUUUACGCGACUUAAAUUAAUCUACCUCAUAGUCUUCCGUCCUCUACAUAAAAUUCGUCCAAUAUAUAGCUUUAUUUAAUCUUAGGCGUAAAUGUAAAUAUUAUAAGUAUGCGUGUGUGAUGGUCCUUGGUUCGAUUGAUCUGCGUCCCAUUUAAUAAGUUUUUUUCAUCAUAUUAUUAGGUAAGGGAUAUUUUAAAUCAUACCGUAAAUAAUAUAUAAGGAAUUAUAAUGCGACAUUUGAAAGAUGCUAUUUACAAAAUACCAGUUGAUAGAAAAAAAAAAUCGAAACUUGUAUUCUUUAACACAAACAAAUAAAUAUUCUAAAUAUAUAAUAUAACAAACGCUGCAUAAAACAUUAUUUUUAAUAAUCGUAUUAUCCAGCGUUAACAGUAUUACAAAAAAUUUUUAUCAAAAUUAAGUUAUAUUAUUGUUAUACAACUAUACGUAAUUAUACAAUGUAUAUAAUGAUGUUAUACAUAUUAUAGUUCCCGGUGGAAGUAAAUGUUUAGAAAUGUUUUAAUGUUGGCAAUUUUAUGUAUAAUAUUAAAUUAGUGUGUGCAACGUAUACCAGUCAGUUGUAGCUCAAAUAUUGUAAUUCUAUAAAUAUAUUGGAUUUAGAAUAAGAAAAUUUAAGACUAUAUUUUAAAUGUACACUUUUUUACAUAAAUAAAAUAUAUUUAAACAUCGAA